AUGGAGGAAACGUCAAGUGCUACUGUGGACAGUACUCAAGAAGAAACUGAAGAAUCGUCAAAGGCAGGGAAAGAUACGGAAGUGGAAUCAGUCGAAGUGGAAAAAGCUUCAAAGUCUGGUGAUGCAGAAAGAGGUGCGGAAUCUGGGGACGUGGGGUCAUCCUUGGCAUUUCGCGAAGAGGAAAAGACUUUCGAAAAUGUCGCAAAACUAGAGACUGUGGAUUCAUUGGCUGCAGAAAGAGCUACACAAUAUUCUUUCUUGGAAAGUAAACAAAGUUCUCAAAAGGCUUCAGAAAAUAUCUCCGAAUAUUCCCAAUCCGAGACGUCAGGUGCAGAGAGUAUAGCUGGAGAUUCUACAACACAAAAAAGUACUCAAAGUACUCAAAAAAAUUCAGAAAAUGUCUCUGAAUAUACCCAAUCCGAGAAGUCAGGAGCAGGGAGUAUAGCUGGAGAUUCUACGACACAAAAAAGUACUCAAAGUACUCAAAAGGCUUCAAAAAAUGUCUCCGAAUAUGCUCAAUCCGAGAAGUCAGGAGCAAGGAGUAUAGCAGAAGAUUCUACGACACAAAGAAGUAUUCAAAGUUCUCAAAAGGCUUCAGAAAAUGUCUCCGAAUAUGCUCAAUCAGAGAAGUCAGAAGCAAGGAGUACAGCAGGAGAUUCAACAGCGCAAAAAAGUAAUCAAAGUAAUACAAGGGGUGAAGAAAAUGCUUCUGAGUAUUCGCAAUCCCAGAAAUCAGGAAAUCCUACAGGGAGAGCAGCGGAAGAUACGCCGCAGAAAUGUGGAUACCAAUGCUCACCAGUUACUCCUGAAGAAAUUGUUGAGGAUGUUCUGUGUAAUGAAAGUGAUUUGAAAGAAAAUGAGAUGCAGACUUUUGACUUAGGAGGUCUUGGAGAUGUCGUAGUAGUGCGUCAGAGGGGACAAAUCUAUGCUCUUUGUAAUGAAUGUACACAUUAUGGUGCACCUUUAAGUUCAGGUGCUCUGAGCAUUGGGCGAAUACGUUGUCCUUGGCAUGGAGCCUGUUUCAAUCUUGCUACAGGGGAUAUCGAAGAUUUUCCUGGUUUAGAUGAUCUUCCCAGUUUAACAGUAUCUAUACAACCGGAUGGUGGUGUGAAAGUUCGAGCACUUCGUAAAGAUUUUGAAAAUAAACGGAGAUCAAGAUGCAAGGCAACUGUUCAGAAAUCACCUGAAUUAGAUUCCCGAAUAUUUGUAGUAGCUGGAGGAGGACCUGCAGGACAAGUUUGUGCAGAGACAUUAAGAGAAGGUGGUUUUCGAGGAAAACUUAUAAUGUUGGCAGCAGAACGAUAUUUACCCUAUGAACGAGUAUUGUUGAGUAAGGCAAUGCUGACAGACAUAGAGGGAAUCAAUCUUCGCCCAAAACAUUUUUAUAAAAAGUACGAUAUAGAAUUGAAAAUUGGGGUAGCAUUAGUAUCAUUAAAUACAAAAGAAAAAGUUAUUGAAAUUAGUACUGGAGAGAAAAUGAGUUAUGAUUCCAUAUUCUUAGCUACUGGUGCAGGGUAA